CAUUGCCAAUAGGUUGUCUAACAGCCAAGAUGGCGGCAACAAUGUUGAGGUCGCUGACAAAGCUGGGACGUCCUUCAACAAAAUUGGUUUUAAACAACAACUACCUGAUCCCUGGCUGUACGCUGCUGCAGAACAGGCAGAAGCAAUGGCAGCCUGAUGUGGAAUGGGUGGAGCAGUACGCUGGGGCUGUGAUGUACCCUUCUGCUGUCAAUGAGAAAUGGACACCACCCCCAUGGAAUGACAAGGAUCCUCCUGCAGAGAAGGAUGUGUCCAACUUGACUAUUAACUUUGGUCCCCAGCAUCCUGCAGCUCACGGUGUGCUACGUCUGGUGUUGGAGCUCAGUGGAGAGUCUGUCAAGAAAUGUGACCCUCACAUUGGACUGCUUCAUCGUGGCACUGAGAAACUUAUUGAGUACAAGACCUAUUUGCAGGCUCUCCCCUACUUUGACCGUCUGGACUAUGUUUCCAUGAUGUGUAACGAGGAGGCAUACUCUCUGGCUGUUGAAAAGCUGCUCAACAUUCAGGCUCCACCCCGUGCUCAGUGGAUUAGAGUUCUAUAUGGAGAGAUGACCCGCAUCCUGAACCACAUCAUGGCCAUCACCACACAUGCCCUGGACAUCGGUGCCAUGACGCCCUUCUUUUGGAUGUUUGAAGAGAGAGAAAAGAUGUUUGAGUUUUACGAGCGGGUGUCGGGAGCCAGAAUGCAUGCAGCAUACGUCAGGCCUGGUGGAGUCCAUCAGGAUCUACCCCUUGGUUUGAUGGAUGACAUCUAUGAGUGGUGCAAGAAUUUCUCCUUGCGAAUUGAUGAAGUGGAAGAGAUGCUAACUAACAAUCGUAUUUGGAAAAACCGCACUGUGGACAUUGGGGUUGUUACUGCCGAGGAUGCCCUCAACUAUGGUUUCAGUGGAGUGAUGCUGCGAGGUUCAGGAAUCAAGUGGGAUCUUAGGAAGUCUCAGCCGUACGACAAAUAUGAUGAAGUAGAGUUUGAUGUUCCAAUUGGAUCCAAUGGAGACUGCUAUGACAGGUACCUGUGCAGAGUGGAGGAAAUGAGGCAGUCUCUAAGAAUCAUGAUCCAGGCACUCAACAAGAUGCCAGAGGGCGAAAUAAAAGUAGAUGAUGCCAAAGUGGCCCCACCCAAGAGAUCUGAGAUGAAGACUUCCAUGGAGUCCCUGAUUCACCACUUCAAACUGUACACAGAGGGCUAUCAGGUGCCACCAGGGUCCACAUACACAGCUGUUGAGGCACCUAAGGGGGAGUUUGGUGUUUAUUUGGUGUCAGAUGGCACCAGUAGGCCAUAUCGCUGUAAAAUCAAAGCUCCUGGAUUUGCUCAUUUGGCUGGUCUAGAUAAAAUGUCCAAAGGACACAUGUUAGCUGACGUGGUGGCUAUUAUUGGGACACAGGAUAUAGUGUUUGGUGAGGUUGACCGUUAACGUAAUGCUCGCAAUGAAGAGGAGAGUUCAUUCGUUUUCACACAUCCAUCAGUCUGGCUCUCUUCCUGUUCUGUCAUUGUAGUUGUUUUCAACAGCUAACUGCUUAUAAUCAUUAAUGUAUAAUCUCCAAAUAAAUAAUAAAUGUUAUAUUAAAAGCGUCA